GCGCGAGGCCGACUGGUGCAUUGUGGGAUUGCUGGAUCCCGUAAGGACUCGGUAACGGCAGGAAUCAUCCGGGGGUGUUAUUUAUUCGGCUUUACCGGGAAAAGCGGCUGUUGUUUUGUCAGUCGGUCCACGAUACUGGCGCCGAUGAAUUCGUCGGUAGCCAAGAAGACCCAGGACACCCUGGGCAAGGUGAUUAAAAAGCCCCCUCUGACUGAGAAGCUGCUCGGAAAACCUCCGUUCCGCUACCUGCACGACAUAGUGACCGAGGUUAUUCGAACCACUGGCUUCAUGAAGGGACUCUACGAGGACUCUGAGUUGAAAUCAGACAAUGUCAAGGACAAGGACUCGAAGAUUGCCUUCCUGCAGAAGGCCAUCGACGUGGUGGCACUAGUGUGUGGGGAGCCUCUGGCAGUGAGACCGGCGCGCAUCGUGGCUGGCCAUGAAGCCGAAAAGACUAACGAGCUGCUCCAGGCCAUUGGCAGGUGCUGCCUCAGUAAGUUGUCCAGUGAGGAGGCUGUAAGGAGAGUGCUGUUGGGGGAGAAGCCUGAUCUCAGAGUGAAGCCCAGCAGCUCCAAAUCCAAGGACAAAGAGAACCAGGAGGACAGAGAGCACCCCCGGGACAAUGAGCCACAGAGAGUAAACAAAGAGCGAAGCUCCAGCAGGGACCGGAAGGAGCUUCCGAAGGAUCCUGAGGGCAAACGGUCCGAGAAGGACAGACCACGAGAUGCCGCAAGGUCUGAGAAGCGGCGUGAGCGCGAGAGGACCAAGGAGCGGGACCGUGACAGGGACAAGGACAAGGAGAGGGACUUGCGCAGAGAGAAAGACAAGGAAAGAGACCGGGAGAAACGGAGAGAGAGAGACAAGGAGAGGGAGCGCCAUGAGCAGGCGCAGGGCCGGCAAGAAGCAGAGGAAUCGGAAAGGAGGUCCCGUGGCACGGAGGACAGACUGAGCAGGCGGCCGCCUGAGCGGCCUGUUGGGAAUGGCAAGCAAGAAACCGAGCAGGACAGUCCCAUGAGGAUACCCCGACCUUCUUCUGCCAAAGGCCAGAGAAGGUUACCAAAGCCUGGGGGACAGGAUGAAUCUGACAGCGAUGGAGGGCCAGAUGCUCAACCAGAGGAGAAGACAGUCCAUCAGGAGAAUGGCGACGUGCCAGACUCACACAAACAUGGUGCUGCCUUGAGCGGUAACCGGGGUCUCCCACGACCCAGCAGCGCACGGCCAGCCCCACCCCGCGUGAAGAGGCAGGAGGUCCAGCCCGAGGUCAUGCCCAUGGAGAGGCUGGGCAGCGCCAAGCCCUCGGCAGCGGUGAUCAUGGAUGGCGGAAAGCCGUCAGAGGAUGAAGAGGAUGAGGAUGCACAGUUCGUAGUGGAGGAAGCUGCCGCCCCACCGCCUGAGAUGCCUGCGCUGGAAGCGGAGGCUGCGAUCGAGUUGCAGGAGAACGAGAAGCAUGGUGGACUAGUGAAGAAAAUACUGGAAACUAAGAAAGACUAUGAAACUUCGUCGUCACCAAAAUCGAAAGACCAGGAACGGACCCCGGUGUCCGAGGCAGCGCGGAAGAAGGAGCGGGACCUAGUGUCCCGUGAGGUGGAGCGCCUGCGUGCCUCCGUGCAGACGGUGUGCCGCAGUGCCCUGCCGCUGGGCAGGAUUAUGGACUACAUCCAGGAGGAUGUAGACUCUAUGCAGGCCGAGCUGCAGAUGUGGCGGAGGGAGAACCAGGAGCACGGUCAGGCCCUGGUACAGGAGCACAGAAUAACAGAGAGCACGCUGGAACCCCUGCAGGCCGAGCUGGUAGAGCUAGAACAGCUCAUCAGGGAGCAGCAGGACAAGAUAUGCACCGUCAAGUCCAACAUCCUCAGGAACGAGGAGAAGAUCCGCAAGAUAGUCUCCACCAUCAAUUCCACCUCCCGCACAUGAGGGGUGUCGACGCGAAGCACAUGACACGCGUGUAGUAGGAGGUGGAACACCUCAGCCCUCCGCAACCAGCUUGAUUGGCACACGGGGAAGCCUGACUGCGCUCAAAGCAGGUGAUCUAUAAACUCACUGUCGUCCCUUGUUCCUCUCCCCUCCUCAUUAACGUGCCUUCCAGUCAAAAUGCACUUUCGGCAGGACACCAUUGUGGCCCUCGUCCUGUGGUGUCAUGAACUCUUCCACAUUUUUAGUGGCACUUCCCAUAUUGAAAAUCUCCGCUUUAGCAUAUUGUCAAGCAUUAAUAAAUAGCUUUAUUAUAGGCCUGGAAGAGAUGGCUUUAACAGGUCACAUCUAGACAAAGCUGCUGUGGUAGGUUUCUAUUGGUGUUGACCUACUGAGAUUAUCAGUUAGCAAUAUGACCCCCCCCCCCCCACUGGUUCAGCAGAUUUCCUAAAGCAAUAGAGACGGUAUAGGCUGGAAAGAAAAAAGCGUAUUUCCCAAGAUGCACUUUUGGAAACAAGGCUUCCCUAGCGGGCAGAGCUGAAAGCAAAGGGCUGUUUGUCCGCCUGCAGCAUGAGCUCUGCGGACCCAGUAGGUACCAACUCGGAAGCGAGCGGACAGGCCCCCCCGCCCCGCCCCGGCCAGCAAGUCUGGUGGGCUUCCGCCCCAUGGGACGCUGCAUCUCACUGGCGCAUCUGGCGGGAGGAUGUGCUCACAAGAGGCACGAAGGAAAGUAUUUUGAUUUUGAUCAUAUGAAUUUCUGUUUUCAUUUUUCCGAAAACGCUGCCUCUUCAGAUGUAGUCUUGAACUGUAUUCCAGUACACCCGAAGAAUCGCAGUGGGACAUUUGCUCAGAAACGGGUGACUAAACUCCAAGGAAAAUGAGGUAGAGCAAAGCUUGAAAAGGCUGUGCUCCUCCUGUGUCCCCUCACUUCCCGAUGGACCACAGACUGUCCAUCUGCUGUGGUUACACUGCAGUGACAUCAGGGUUGUCCCUCCCGCGUCAGCAGUGUUAUUAGGGCUGUCGGCACUCAGUGUGAACCCGAGACACUCUUGCCUCAGAGCUCGCCGUGGGCCCCGCACAUCUCUCCACAUCUCUAAGAAGCUGAGAAUCUUCUAGCACGUUAUAAAAGGGAACCAUUCUCACUGUAAUCUGUAUCAUACCCUUAGUUAGCUUUCUUAUUUGUACAUUAUGUAUAUUUUGAGUCUGUAUCAUAGUUCACAGAUGACUAUAAUUUUUGUAGUGGGCUGAAAUAAAUGGUUACAUUUGAGUAAAAGAA